AUGGUGACUUACAGUAUCAAACAAUUGAUGGGAUUUUGUUCUGAUUAUGCACUUGAUGCACAGAUUCAAAAAAUUCUUUUCUCAUUAGAUUUAUGGGUACCUAAAGCAGCUCGAGAAGUACAUAUUGAUAAUGUUGCGCAACAACAAUAUGCUUCCGGUGGUUACUCUGGAUUCAAUCGUGCUAGAUCUCCAACAAGACAUGAUAAUAUCACAAGUAUUAAUAACGUUAACAAUAGAUUACGUCGUACAUUAGCUUCACGAUCUAUGUCAGCUGAAGUUUUUCAUAGUUCUCAUGAUACAGGAUCCAGUUUUAUUUUGAAUAGUUUACGAGAUUUACAGAAAACAACAGCAACAACAAAUACUUCUUUGAUCAAAAAAUCUAGCAAUGAACGAAAUCUUGAUGAAACAUCACAAAUAAAUCAAUCACAAAUAAAAUUAAUGCCUAUUUUAGAAGGUGGUGAAAAUGAAGAUAAAUCAUUGGAACAAACUCGAUUUAAUAAAGACAAGUCAUUUAAAACAACAACUCUUGAUUGGACACCAGCCGAGAAUGACAUAUCAACUACUACUACUACUGGUCGAUCAAAUAUUGAUGCACUCUUUGAAUUAAGUGUUCGUGCUGAUUCAGCUCUUAAAACAGCUAUGUGUGAAAAUGCAGCAAUGUCAAAAAAUAUUUCUCAACAAAAUAAUAACAAUGAUCGUAUUACAUUACGUAAAAGUGUUAGUGUAAUGAAUCAAAAACAAAAAACUGGUAGUGGCCGUUCACUUGUACGUGCUAAAUCUGAUAUGGUUGGUGCCGAUGCAAGUCGUAAACGUACUUUAGGACAUAUUGCUCGUGCUUCGGAACGUUAUCUUUCUGAUGAUCCUAAAAUGAUUGCUGAAAUUGAAGAAAUUGAACUUGAAUAUUUAUUUAAUUAUAUUCGUCAUUUGAAAACAUUUCCUAAAUAUACUGAUAUGACUGAAGAUGAAAUCUUACGUGAAGUUGAAAGUGAUCCACAUACAUUACGUCAACGAACAAAAGAAAUUUUAAAAGGAAAAAUGUCAGAAUCCUAUGCAACUUAUAUUGCUAAAUAUCCAAACAAAAAACAACGUCGACGUGACCAUCCAACAUCACCUAAUAAAUAUCGUAAAUGUUCUCGACGAUGUUUCGAUGGACAAUUACGUACAUGGCGUCGUAAUUUACAUCAAUUUGAUGAAAAUAAUACACAAGAACUACCAGAUACUAUUGAACUAGAUAAUAUCAAUGAAAUCAAUGAACCAACAUUAUUAUUAUAA